AGCAAAUGGCCACCAGUGAUUUUAAACCACCAGUGGCCAGUAACCAAGUUGCAAAUAUGAAGCAUUGACUUAGCACCAAGGUAAAAAUGGACAUUUCCCCAGAAAUGAAUUUUUCAAAUCGAGACUAAUUGCAGAGUUUCCAGUUGACCAGCAUUCUUAGGAAUGAAGACAAACACAGAGAUGGUGUGUCUAAGAAAUUUCAAAAGGUGUAGACCUCCUGACUGAAGCAUAACUGAUUUAUUUGAUUCAUUUUUUUCAUUAUAGUUCUUUACUCCUACAAGGGAAAAUCAUGAUUACACUAACAGAGCUAAAAUGCUUAGCAGAUGCCCAGUCAUCCUACCACAUCUUAAAACCAUGGUGGGACGUCUUCUGGUAUUAUAUCACCCUGAUCAUGCUGCUGGUGGCCGUGCUGGCUGGAGCUCUCCAGCUGACACAGAGCAGGGUUCUGUGCUGUCUUCCGUGCAAAGUGGAAUUUGACAAUCACUGUGCUGUGCCUUGGGACAUCCUGAAAGCCAGCGUGAAUGCAUCCUCUCAUCCUGAUACGCCGCUUCCGCUCCCCCUCCGAAUCCAGAACGACCUUCACCGCCAGCAGUACUCCUACAUCGAUGCUGUCUGUUACGAGAAACAGCUCCAUUGGUUUGCAAAGUUUUUCCCCUACCUGGUGCUCUUGCACACGCUCAUCUUUGCAGCCUGCAGCAACUUUUGGCUUCACUACCCCAGUACCAGUUCCAGGCUCGAGCAUUUUGUGGCCAUCCUUCACAAGUGCUUCGAUUCUCCGUGGACCACUCGCGCCCUGUCAGAAACAGUGGCCGAGCAGUCGGUGAGGCCCCUGAAACUCUCCAAGUCCAAGAUUUUGCUUUCAACCUCAGGGUGUUCAGCUGAUGUUGAUUCCAGCAAGCAGUCAUUGCCCUACCCGCAGCCAGGCUUGGAGUCAGCUAGCAUAGAAAGCCCAACUUCCAGUGUCCUGGACAAGAAGGAGGGUGAACAGGCCAAAGCCAUCUUUGAAAAGGUGAAACGAUUCCGCUUACACGUGGAGCAGAAGGACAUCAUUUAUCGGGUGUAUCUGAAGCAGAUAAUCGUCAAAGUCAUUUUGUUUGUCCUCAUUAUAACUUAUGUUCCCUAUUUUUUAACCUACAUCACUCUUGAAAUCGACUGUUCCAUUGACGUACAGGCUUUUACAGGCUAUAAGCGCUACCAGUGUGUCUAUUCCUUGGCAGAAAUAUUUAAGGUCCUGGCGUCAUUUUAUGUCAUUUUGGUUAUACUCUACGGUCUCACCUCCUCCUACAGCUUGUGGUGGAUGCUGAGGAGUUCCCUGAAGCAAUAUUCCUUUGAGGCGUUAAGAGAAAAAAGCAAUUACAGUGACAUCCCUGACGUCAAGAAUGACUUUGCCUUCAUCCUUCACCUGGCUGACCAGUACGACCCCCUGUAUUCCAAACGCUUCUCCAUAUUCCUGUCGGAGGUCAGUGAGAACAAACUGAAACAGAUCAACCUCAAUAAUGAGUGGACAGUUGAGAAACUGAAAAGUAAGCUCGUGAAAAAUUCCCAGGACAAGAUAGAACUGCACCUUUUUAUGCUCAACGGGCUUCCGGACAAUGUGUUUGAGUUAACGGAAAUGGAAGUGCUGAGCCUGGAGCUCAUCCCCGAGGUGAAGCUGCCCUCUGCAGUCUCGCAGCUGGUCAACCUCAGGGAGCUGCGCGUGUACCAUUCGUCCCUGGUGGUGGACCAUCCCGCGCUGGCCUUCCUGGAGGAGAAUUUAAAAAUCCUCCGCCUGAAAUUUACUGAAAUGGGAAAAAUCCCACGCUGGGUAUUUCACCUGAAGAAUCUCAAGGAACUUUAUCUAUCAGGCUGUGUCCUGCCUGAGCAGUUGAGUACCAUGCACUUGGAGGGCUUUCAGGACUUGAAAAAUCUGAGGACUCUCUACUUGAAGAGCAGCCUGUCCCGGAUCCCGCAAGUCGUUACAGACCUCUUGCCUUCACUGCAGAAGUUGUCGCUUGAUAAUGAAGGGAGCAAGCUAGUUGUGUUGAACAACUUGAAAAAGAUGGUCAAUCUGAAAAGCCUAGAACUGAUCAGCUGCGACCUGGAGCGCAUCCCACACUCUAUUUUCAGCCUGAACAAUUUGCAUGAGUUAGAUCUAAAAGAAAAUAACCUUAAAACUGUAGAAGAGAUCAUUAGCUUUCAGCAUCUUCAGAAUCUGUCGUGCUUAAAGUUAUGGCACAAUAACAUUGCUUAUAUUCCUGCACAGAUUGGGGCAUUAUCCAACCUAGAGCAGCUCUUUUUGGACCAUAAUAAUAUAGAGAAUCUGCCCUUGCAGCUUUUCCUAUGCACCAAACUCCAUUAUUUGGACCUAAGCUAUAACCACCUGACCUUCAUUCCAGAAGAAAUCCAAUAUCUGAGUAAUUUGCAGUACUUUGCUGUGACCAACAACAACAUUGAGGUGUUACCAGAUGGGCUGUUUCAGUGCAAAAAGCUGCAGUGUUUACUCUUGGGGAAAAAUAGCCUGAUGAAUUUGUCCCCUCACGUGGGUGAGCUGUCGAACCUUACUCAUCUGGAGCUCAUUGGUAAUUACCUGGAAACGCUUCCUCCUGAACUAGAAGGGUGUCAGUCCCUAAAACGAAGCUGUCUGAUUGUCGAGGAGAAUUUGCUCAGUACCCUUCCUCCCCCUGUAACAGAACGUUUGCAGACGUGCUUAGACAAAUGUUGACUGGAAGAAAAGAGACUCAUGUCUCAAAAUCAUUUUUAAAGUAUGUUCCAGGGCUUUAAAUAAGAAGUAAAAUUUUCUAAGUUAUCGAGAUGAGAAAUGAGUGAUGAUUAUGAUGAACUGUAAUUAAAUGUCUUAUUAAAGCAACUCAGUGUCUAGCCCUAAAUCCAACAGGUAAAAAAUGUUAACACUAACCUAAAGUUUUGUGAAUAAUUGGUCUUUAACUUAUUGAGAUGCUGUAAGAAGUACACAUCGAAAGUAGAAAGGAGGUUAUGAAAUUACUGAAUUCCUACGUUGCAGUUUUUACCUUGAAGACUGUAUAGGUAUUUCCUCCUCUUCCUCCCCCAGUCUCUAUUACUUAUUUGCACGCUUGUUUUAACUGACUUCCUGUUUUGAUAUUUAUCACCAAGGCCAUAAGCUCAUCAAUAUAAAUUUUCUUGUACUCACCACUGUCUUUGAUUUAUGUUCUUAAAUUUUUUUAAACAGGGUGUAUUGUGCUUGGCAGAAUUCCUAUUUUGGCUUAAUUUUUACUUCCUUUCCCAGCCUGCUUGAGUUUUCGUUAAUCUGAUUACCUCUUAACAAUGAUGAACCCUGAGAAAACAUCUGCCUUUGGGGUUUGCUUAGAACAGCAGCAGGGCACUUAAGACAUGUGAGGGACAUCCUGAAAAUUAAUGUAUUCUGUAAGAUUUCUUGUCUGUCAUCAGAGCCUUUUUUUAUUAAUAAUUUUUACAGCAAAUGUAAAACAUAAAUAUUUUCUAUUGUAGAAUCUUGGAUUCAAUAUCUAUGAGAAUAAUUUUUUGUGAGGUGCAUAGAACAUAUGCAUUUCCUUAAGAACUUCCUGUUAGUGUACUCGGUUUUGGCUAUUUAUGAUCCUCAUGUUUGUGUACAUUCUGCUCCAGAAUGUUUUUGUACUCUGCAGCUAAUUACUGUUGGAUAACAAAAGCCUUGUGCUUAAUGCCCUCAAGUAUUUGGGGGUUUCUUUGUGAGAGGGUGGCCAAGUCAUCUACCUCUCUCUUCCCUAGUCGCUGUGCAGUCGUACGGGUACAUUUCUUCGUUACUUACAAAAACUGUGAUGGAGGGGAGAGGUACAAACUUGUUUUUUAAAUUGAUUUUAAAAUACUUUGUAGAAAUUUAGUAUGAGUUAAAGCAAAACACUUUUUUUCUCCAUCUGCAUAAUCUCUAGCUAUGAUUAUAAUGCAAAACCCUCAGCCUCUAUUCAGCGUCUAAGAUGAGUUCUCAAAGCUUACAAAGAAAUAGAUCUAUUUAACUGAAAUUCAUCUCAUGCCUUUAUCUAACUCUUCUGGAAUAUAUAUUUGUUCCUUUUUAUAAAGAGCUUUGUGUUUGGCCUUUUAUUAUCAUGCAUAUUGUUAAAUGAAUAAAAUUGACUCAUUUUGGGGAAAUAUGCAUUUUAAUGUGUUUUUCUGUAAUAGAUCUAGGCCCUAUGAUGCUAUUUCCUCAUUUUGGAUAUAACUAUGAAGGAAUCUAUUAACUACACCUAUACAAAACUGGAAAACACCAUGGGUAAAGAGUGCUGUGUAUAUGGAAUUGUUGUAUGUGGUAUAUGUUUUUUCUUGCUUUGUUCCAGAAAGAUGAAAGUGAGUCUUUAAAGUACACCAAAUGUAGCUUCCCUCACCUACCACAUACCCCUGGACUGAAGUUCAGAAAAAAGAAUUAUUCACAUUAAAUGAAAUUUGAAUAAUACUAGCUAUAAAGAAUAUAGAACACCAAGAGCUGCCUAAAAUAUUAUUGUUUAUUCUGAAUGGGAAGGAACAGUGUCAAAAUAUACUUCUUACCAAAACUUGCCUUUUAGUGAGAGCAUUCAAAUUCUCAGGGAACCAGGCAUAAUGAUGAAACUUUCUUCUAGAACUUCAGAAAACGGACUCGGAUUAUGUCCAUAGUUUUUUGUUAUUUUCAUUUUUUAAAAUGUAAGUUGAUGGUUAUUUUAGUUUUUUACAAUAGAAUUGUCAUGUGUACUAAUUCCAGUGUUUUAUAGGAUUACAUUUUGGACAUGAAUGUGAUACAUGGAGAGGUAUUUAAAUGUUUUUGCCCAAAUAAUUAGCCAGAAUUUAUAUAAAAAAUCCUAUCCUCUUUUAUAGGAAGAAUUUUCAAAUCAAAAUUCAGAUUUGCUACCAUCCACCUGACAAGCUAGAACUUCUCCAUGCCUAGUCACUGAUUCUGUUCAACUGCAAAAUCAUUAGCUAAAUUUUCCUUAUCACCUAUAUAAAUUUCUAGAGAUAAUUUACUAGCAGAAUUAAUAAUGAAUAUUGCAAGCUGCUUUCCACACACUAGGGUAUAAGUACUGUGCAAAUUAUGUGGUUCUUGAUGCCGUAGUUUUUAAAUUUUUUUAUUGAAAUCUUUUACACCAGUGUUUAGAUAGGUUUCGAAACAACAUAGCACUGACAUGAGGAACAAUGAGACCACCGCUUGACAUACAAAAUGUGUUAAUACCAUCUUUACUGCACUGUUGGAGCAGAUCUUUAUUUUACAAGUAUUCAUAUUCUUUAAAUGAAGAAAAUGAAGUUUGUAAAAUUAUAAUUAUGAGAUAUUAGUUGGCAUUUGAUUUCCAAGAAUGUAUAUAUAUGUUUUCAAAAAAAUAAAUGUGAAGAUUAUUCAGAGCAAACUUUAUGGCUUAUGCUAGCCAUGACAUGGAUUCAUUUUAUUGGUGUGCACAUGUAGACACACAGAGAUCCCACAGACACACAUAGACACAUUCUUCAUGUGUGCAAAUGAUAACUUAUUAGUUUUUUAUAUGUUUAGUAUUUUUUCCAAAAUUGCAAGAGGUUAUAGAUUAAUACUAGGAUAGUGAUUUCUUUUAUUCAUUGAAAUCAUGGAGUAUUUUAUUCCCUUAGUUAUGACAUUUAAAAGAAAAACAAAUGCUUAACAUUGAUUUGAAAACCUAAGUGUUUUUGAGCAUUCCUGUAAAAGCGUAGCAUUCUUUCCCUAACCUAUAUCAGGGUACAUCUGCAUGACACAUAGGUACUAUGUUUUCAUUCUUUACCCUCAGUCUUAAUUUUUUCCCCUGUAUGUCAUAUUUCACUGUCACUUAACAAACAUUUAUGUUAAACAGGGUAAAUAGAGAUCCUCAGGAUCUCGGUGCAAUAGGUGUGCUGGGGUGUGCUGCAGUGAUUUAUUUGCAUAACAUUAUUGUUUGAUAGUGAAAUUUUUUUCUGUUUUUCAGGUGUUUCAUGAUUCAAAUGUUAUGUUUAAUUAAAAUAUUGCAUAAUAUUGAUGGGUUCAGAAACCAUUAAAAUAAACAGUUAUUCUGUGGACUUAA